AGAUGCAUAUUUUAGAUGGUUUCAUCUGUCCAAAAUAAAUACACAAGGUGAAGGUUACAUCUCGAAGCGUUGAGAAAACACGAGUUAAGUCGCUUGAGCUAUAUCCGGUUUCAUUCGCAGGAAGUGCACAAACAGAGACUCUAUUGGUAAAUAUUUUUCAGACAUUUUGUGAACUUUCAACAGAAACAGAGAGUUUUAAUUCUAUCCUGAUGAGCUCGACUACAAAAAGAAGGAAUUCGGAGAAGAGGAAGGAGAAGUCUCGAGAUGCAGCUCGAUGUCGACGCGGCAGGGAGACGGAGAUUUUCUCUGAACUGGCUGAUCAGAUCCCACAAUACAUUGGCAGUCACGGUCAGUUGGACAAGGCGUCCAUAAUGAGGCUGGCCAUCAGCUAUCUAAAGAUCAGCAAAAUCAUGGAAACGCAACGGAACAAUAGACAUGCUCCAUGUGAGGAAUUCGAUACGCUGUACAGCAAGGCCCUGGAUGGAUUUAUCGCCAUUCUGUCUAAUGAAGGGGAUCUCGUCUACAUCUCGGAGAGCGUUUCCAAGUACCUGGGUAUUCAACAGGUGGACCUAGUGGGGCAGUCAAUAUACGAAUUUGUCCAUCCUUGUGACCACGAGGACAUCACAGAUAUUUUUCACAACACUGGACGCGACAAGAAAAAAUCGGAUGACCGUCAUCACACUUUCUUCGUCAGAAUGAAAUGCACGCUGACCAACAAGGGCAAGAAUGUCAAUCUGAAGUCAGCAACUUAUAAGGUGAUCAAAUUUUCGGGGAAGCUGAUCAAGGACAAUAUCAAAAAGGAAUCGGGAGGGGAGGGGACUGCCCCAUAUCUGUUGGUCAUUGGGGAGCCCAUCCCCCACCCGUCAAACAUUGAGAUCCCCCUCGACAGAAUGACUUUCCUCAGCAGACACAACAUGGACAUGAGAUUCACCUACUGCGAUGACAGGGUGAAGGAUUUGCUGGGCUAUAAUUGUUCUGACCUGGUCAAUAAAUCUUUGUUCGACUACCAUCAUGCUCAGGACAGUGAGGUCAUUGACCAUGCCUACAAAAACUUAAUUGCCAAGGGUCAAGUGAUGACCAGUCAGUAUCGAUUCCUGGCCAAAACUGGUGGCCAUGUAUGGGUCAUCACUCAAGGAACAGUCAUCUACAACAGCCGCACCCAGAAGCCCCAGUGCAUUGUGUGUGUCCAUUACGUGCUUAGUGGAAUUGAAAACCCGAGCACGAUCCUGUCUUUGGCCCAGCAGACGUACCAGCAACAGAUUGCCAUGAUUCCCUUGGAGGUGAAACUCAGCACUGAGGACGUCUUCAGACCACGACCAGAGAAUGUCAAAGUGGACGAGUUUUACUUCCCGCCUGGCAGUAAGAUGUCAUCCAUGAAAAUUGAUGAAACGGUAGACCUGACCCACCUAGCGCCAACAUCAGGCGAUACCUGCGUGCCGUUAAUGGAAGAAGAUUGUGUGCGUUACUCAGGCAACAUACCAAUGCCUGUCCUGAAAGAAGAGCCGGAUAUUUUCAGCAAGAGAGUAUGCUCUCAGCCGACUUAUUCACCGUUGUCCAGUCCUCACUCGGUGAGCCCGGCCCCCAUCAGCCCCAUGGAUUACACUACACCUCUAACGCCUAGUGUAGUGGAUGCCAUGGACAAAUUUUUCUCAGCUGUGGAGACCUACCCCAGGAAUGAUCAGGCUGCUGCGGAUCUGGAUAUGGAUAUGAGGGCCCCAUAUAUACCUAUGAACAAAAAGGAGGAUUUCAGUUUACUGCCACCCACAAGCGAUGCAUUGUUUACCAUCAACAAUGACUUCAACCCUGGUCUGUUUGGAAGAACAGAGUCUGUGUUUGUACCCAAGGACAAGCUUUACCAGGACCCACCCAAGGAGGCACGAACGAGCAUACGCGACAUGUUAGUUGGAAGUACUGCUGUCGCUGGCAUUGAACAGCCGCCUGACACAUUUAACUUACAGCUCAAGCGCCCCCUGGACAUGAACAGUCUGGAAAAAGGUCCGCCACCUAAGAAACAUUGCACCCAGGAGUAUCAGGAACCGCCUCAAAAACACAGCGUCCUGAUGAGUCUCCUGGUCAAUGGUGAGGACCUGCCCACUGGGUAUUCGGUCAAGAAGCAACAAAAACAUCAGCCCAAAGCAUAUUUAUCAGAACUGAAGGGGAACAGUGGUGGUGGUAAAAGGCUACCACAGAAUCCAGUCCUAGAAGAGGAGGAGAUCCAGACUCCGGACUUGUUGCUCCAGAAUCCAGAUUUGUUGGCUGCUCUGGAGCUGUUUUUGCCAAAUUCGGAGCUUAUGUGACAUAGAUAUUGUAACCAUGGUAACUGGUGUUGUGGAACUUGCACAAGAUAAUAAAAUUAAGAAACUAGUGGUUGCUAUGUGACCUGCGUUACUCUGUGAAUUGUAACUAGUUGUGUCUCUUACCGCUUUUAAAAAAGUGCUAUCAUUUCAUCUUAUGACAUGUAGGAUCCAGAAUUCUCAGGCGGGGAUCCGGUGAUUUUUCAUAUGUUAUUGUUUUCAUUAUGUUUUUGAAUAUCAUGUAAAUGACAGAUGUUUUUGAGCACAGAGGUUUAUUACAGAGGAAGGAACUAGUUUGUAAUAUAUAUAAACAAUAAUCAAUUUUUUGCGCAUUUUGAUACAGGGCUUGGAUCCAUGAUAGAUUAUGGCGUGUGUUUGACCGUUGAUAAAUCAUGUUUUAAAACUGCUUGUAGAUGUUGAGCUUUACAAAUGGUAGAUAUAUUUUUAAGAAUGCCAUUGUUUUUUCAGAAGCUGACUGCUGUCAUCUUCAUGGUUUUUAUCUUGCUCUGACACAUUCUCUGUGACAGUUAACGCACUACUAAAUAAAUCAAAAGCUCAUAUAUCUAUUUUAUAAUAUAUAUAUAUAUAUAUAUAUCUUGUCGAAAGGAAAAAGAUUUAAAAAAAAAAAAAAAAAACUUGUAAAAAGAAUAAAAAAAAUAGUUUAAAAAGUCAACCAAAAAAAAAAAAAAAAAUAAAAAAAAAAAAAUAAAAAAAAUAGGAUAGGGUAUAUUUUAACUGUGUAAUCUUAUAAUGUGUCAGCAUGGGUGUGUUUGUUUAUGUUGUAGUGCUUAACUGUUAUAUGCAAAUGCUGCCAUCGUAUGUUACUUAUCAUGUUUUAUGGUUGAAAUUUUGUCAGAUGAAAUCCUGAUUUGUUUUGCCCUAUGCAGGUACUUGUAAUGAGCAAAUAAACAAAUUCAUUGUAAUUAAUGAGGAAUAACAUGUUUUCAUAAUGGCUAAUUUCCCUUAAAAAAUAUCAGCAAUAUAAUAUUCCUUCAGUGGUUGAUUGGUGAGAUUGUUGAUCUGUCUAGAUUUUGAGUUCGAGUCUUGCAGGGGUUUGUUUCACUUUCCCCCAGUUGUUUUCUUUUUAAAAAGGCAUUGUUAUAUUAUUUUACAUUUCCUCUACUUUCUAUUUACGCAGUUUUUUCUGUUGUGUUAUACCUCCUUAAAGUUUGUUAUCAAUUAGUAAAUUUACUACCCUGACAAAAAAGGUUCAGCAUGGGCCGACUCUGAGAAACAGUAGUAUAUUUAUAAGAACGUGCCAAGGAUCUUCUUUUAAGCAGCAUGUUCUCUCUGUUAAUGUGGGAGAUUGACCUAGGAUGUUACAGAUAUAUUUUUAUUUGAAAUAUACAUGUUUCCAAUAGAGAUUAUUAUUUUUAACUUGUUUAACAAUGAAAGUGUUCAGUACAUUAUCCACUGUUAAUUUUCGAGAGACUUCAACUUGUCAGAGUGUUUACUAAAAUUGACUAGUUGUUAUGGGUUAUUUUUUUUUCGUUUGGCCUGGUUGUCCAGGUUAUGGUGGAUUAUGUGGAGCAGCACUAUGUGAUAUCUAGGGCAAGCUGCUGUUUGGGGUUAAAGGUCAAAGCCAAUAUGCCAGUUUCGAGAUACGAACUCUUCUGUAUAAGAAGACUAAGGCGGUGCAUUUAGUGGAACUUUGAAUGCCUAAGUGGGGCAGAGUGGAUAUACAGCCAACGAGGAAGACGAUGAAAUGUAUUAAAAGCGGCUUCUCUUUAAAUGUGUAAAUGUGGGAAAUACUAAAUGCUAUCGAAAGAAAUGUUUUACCGAAGUGGAAACGUACAAUGUCAUAUUUGCAAGAAAUAUCUUGGAUAUGGUACUUAUGACCAGCAAAAUCAUGUGAUAGGAUAAUUCUAUGUAUUUAAUUACUUCCUAAAUACUUAUCACUUACUUACAAAUGUAGUUUGUGUAUCAGUCGAAUUCGGGUUAUUAAACAGCGUAUGAGAAACUUACUGAGUACAUUCACUUACACUGUGAUGAAUAUCUGUCCCACUCCCGCGUGUAAACAAAUUUUUUCACGCCUUACUAUGUACAAGAGUUCUACAAAGGGAAAUAACUUGGACGUAUCUCGAAACCGGCGUAAUCUUGGACUCUUACCAAGAAAUUUUACAGGACAAUGCUGCAAACUACUGAAUAGACAAUUGCUUAAAUUUAUCAGAUAGUGAAAGUAUCGUCGACGAUGACUAGUGAUGGUACCACCUUUUGAUGGCUAGUGAUGACGACACACACCUCUGUUGACUCAUGAUGGUACUAUCUCUGACAGUUCGUGUAAUUUUCCAGUUUUUCAUGCCAUAGUUUUAUCCAAGAUCCCCAGGUUUAUGAUGUAAUGUCCUAUUAGCAAUUGAAGACUCUCUGCUAUUUAUUUAAGUAUGAGAUGAAUAGAUACAGAAAAGUUACAAAGUAUUGAUAUUGGAUAGCUGUAGUGAAUAUUUACGGUGAGGGAUGAAAUUAAUUUGCGGAAAUGCCACCCUCCCCUCUCCACUCCCAGGAAUUGCUUCAGUGUUUGUACAGCUUGUGUAUGUUAAGCAUAUAUUUAAAGAGAUUCUUCAUCAUAUAUAUAUUUCAUUAAAAAUAUCAUACAUUAAUCUUUGAACGUUAUGUCUGUAAGAUUUCUAUAAAGAGACUGGAAGGGUAUGGUUAAUAAUGCCUAAAUUUCUAAUCAUUCUGAGGUGGUUUUUUCUCCCUGCUGGGUAUUUCCUUUUAACUUUUGUCUUUUUUGUUUUUGUAUUUUGUUCCUUUCUCCUUUUUUGGUUGUUUUGUAUUGUAGUUUUUGUUGUUUUUUUUCUCAUUGAAAACUACUUCAGAACACACAAUAUCUGAACAGGACUUGAUCGAGGUGGGCCUAUUUUUGAAAAUGAUUGUCCUCAGAUUUAUAUUAAUACAAAUGAAUCUAUAUUAUCUGGAUUGUGAAAUCUCCAGUAUCAUGAAUACAGACACUUGCCUUCAACUCUUUGUUGUGCUGCCAUACUUGAUCAUCCCCCAUUCAGGGGAAACACUGUUAAUGUGUUGUUUUAAUGUGUGUAUAACUACACAAUUCAUUGUAAAUCAAACUCAUUGUAGUACAAUAAAGAUAUAAAACUACAAAA